GUAAUUCGCCAAAAAGACUGAAAUGCCCUUAAUUUUUUCGGGAAUCAGAGGGCGGGAUAUUGUGCAACGGAACUGGAGUUUGGUUGGCGGUUCUCCACUCGGCGAAACUGCAUAGACCAUAGGGUUCUCCGAACUCUCACAUUGCACUCGGCGAAACUACAUAUGGUUGUCGCAAGUCUCACAUUGGCAUGGUUGAGGAACUGUGAACGAGGAAUGUGAAUAGCGUCCGGCUUCUUCGUCUUUUCCGUGGGUCGUAGUGAGAAGCAAUAAACCAGUGAGAAGCUUCAAUCUUCAGAAGGGAGAGGGGGUGGCUAGAGAGAGAGAUUUCGAGGGAGAGCACCUGUAAGGUCGUCACCGGUUGAGGAAGAAGUCGAUAUUCGUUCGGACCCCGGUAAGCCACCCAAAUGUCUCCGUCUUGUGCUUGUCUGAUUGGAGUGUUUUAAUUUGGGGAAAACGGUGAAUGUUGGUUGUAAAGGGGGAAGCAAUGGUAAAGGCUUAAAAUGGAAUGUAAAGGUAGAUUAGAUUAAAAGUCGGUGCUUCUGUGUGUGACGGAAUUACAGAAGUUGCUUGCUUGCUCUGAUUCAUAUAACUCGGUCCAUGUUUGACGAGAUAUCUCUCUGAUUGUUGUUGUCUGAUUGCUGUGUUGCUGUAAUGUUGGAAGGCAUAAUAUACGUGUGUGUUUAUGAUUGCUACACUACUUUUUAGAUGCCCAUAAAUUGAGACCACUGUCGCACAUGAGCCAGGAUGCUUCCUGUUUCCGCCCCCUUGUUUGGUCUGUUCGUGUAAUGGGCAUUGCACAUUUUUAGCAUUGUGUAUGGGACUAAAAUGAGUUCAACUGUAUCCCCAUAUUGGUUAUGCAAAUUUAACAUUGUAAAAUAAAUUGAAAGGGGUGACUUUUCGUGGGUAGAACUCUGUUUUGAAGAUAUAGCUACCUAAUGGGCAUAACCUCAGUCAUUUAGCGGUGCAAUUUACCUGGGGAUGAACAUGCAUAUUCAUUUCAGUAUGUACCAAGUGAGAAUAACCUUUGUGGCCUUCUUAUGUAUUGGUAUAAUUUACUUGGUCAUCUGUGGCACUGUGUAGUAGUAAUUUCCAUAAUAUAAGUUACUUGAAGAUACAAAUUUUGUAACAUUUCAUCGAGAAAGAAUCACUUUUAAUGCAUAUUCAUUUAUUUUUGAAUCUGUUGGUCUGAGGAUUGAAGAGGUAGAGAUUAAUCUGCUGGUUUGAGGAUUGAAGAGGUAGAGGUCGCUGAAGUGCUGAGAAGCAUCAAUCGCAUUGCUGUCAUGGAGGAGGUUGGCGAAGUAACUGUGACUGCGACAAACGAAGGAGGGCCAAGUGAAGAAGUGAAGAAUGGCUACAUGUUGUUUAGACGAGAAUUUCUUAAGGGUGGGGAGAAGUUUAAGAAUAUGUCUGAACAAGCGAAAAAGGCAUCAAAGGCAUGGAAGCAGUUGACACCAGAGGAGCAGAAGAAAUACAGUGAUAGGGUGAAGCAAUCAAGAAAGGAAGGGAUGAAGAAGAAGAGGAAGAAAAAAGUGGCUUUUAGCACUCGUUGCUCGGUUCGGCAAUUUAAGUCAUUAGUGGACUUCAUAAAAGAUGAUGAAGAUUUGAAAGUGAGGGUACAAAAUUUAGGCUUUGGCCAUUUACUUGACAUUGGAUGUGAGAGACUCCCUCGUGACCUCAUAGUAUGUGUUCUCCGAGCAUAUGAUCCGCCUACCCAUCAAUUUCUAAUAAGAGGGAUAAUAAAGGAAAUAGAAGCAAAUGAUGUUGCAAACUUGUUGGGUGUACCCCACACAGGGGAGAAGGUAAAAAUGGACGUAUGUGAUGAUGAUGAGACAUACCAGAGGUUGAAGGAGGAAUUUGGUAAAGUCCCUUAUACGAAGAUACUCAAUGACAUUAAAUCUGGGCAGAAGAAAGAUGAGUUUGAGUUCCUGUUUAUGCUGUACACACUUGGGAGUUUUUUAACUCCUACUUCACAAACAACUGUGAGUGACAAGCUAAUAAGAGUCAUGUGCUGUACCAUGAAGGGAUUUCACCAAUUUGAUUGGGCCACGUACAUUGUGAAGCACUUGUGGAAAGAGAUGGGAGAUUAUGUGAAAGUGUACACAAAAGCAAAGAAAGACGAAGAUGAAGAUGAAGGAAGCUGCAAUGUGGGAGGAUGCAUCUACCUCCUGUUGUUAUAUUUUGCUGAGCACUUCCCACUAUCCAAAACUGUUGAGAGAGGGUCCCUAAAUGCCAUUCAAUUCUGGACUGAUGAGAGGAUAAGGAAGCUGGAAAAGAAGGAGAGGGAAAGCAAGAGGGGUUUACUGUAUAAGGGCAAGGGAAGUAUGGAUAGAAGUGGGAAGGAUGAAGGAAAACGCAGAAGUGUGGCUCAUUUACACCCGGAGUUACAGAAGUUGCACGGACGAUUGAUGGCUCAGAUCGAAUUAAGCACUAUGAGGCUUAUAAGUGCAAUGGAAGAUGAGCUAGAUAAGGUGCAGAUAAGGAUAGAGGAAAAUAAUGUGACCACAGAUGAUGAGGACCCUAUUGACGUCCCAGAUGAUGAUAAGGGAGAUGAUGAUGCAUUUGGCGAUGAAGACUCCCAUGAUCAUGAUGGACAUGAGUCUGAUGACGAAGGUGAUGAUAGAGAUGAGUUCCACGGGGGAGAUGGUCAGGGAGACGAUGAUGCAACUGGCUCAGAUAGGGGUGAUGACAUUGGUGUUGCAGCAGAAGGUGCAGACAAAGAAAUUAUGGAGUCUCCCCUGCCCUUGUCCCCCAUGGACAAGGGAUGUCAACUCCGGAGAUCGCAAAGGGAGAUGAAAUCCGCUAUCAAUUCUCCAUGGAUUUUGACAAAGCCAACUAAGAGGCGAAAGAGGCCCAUGGAUGACAAGGACCGGUUUUAUGACAUAGUUUCCCGUAUGUGUUCAAGCAAGGAGGGUGACAUGCCUUUGGUGAAAAUCUCUGAUGAAGAUAUCACUCGGGAUCAGCUAAGGACACUUGGCGGAAUUGAGAAAAUAGGUAACCGGCUGAUGUCAACUGUGUGCAAGACUCUAAUGGCUGAUAUGGAGAAGGAAGGGCAGGUGAAGCGGCACAUUUUUUAUGCUGAUUUUAUGGCAAUAAUGGCAGCUAACCCAAAGCUGUGGGAUGCUACAAAACGGAAGAAACAAUUUUUACCUGAAAAUGUAGGCUACAACAUAGGAGAAUGUGAUUUGAUCUUUGGACCCACACUUGUUGGCGCUCACUGGUUCUGUGUUGUGCUUGAGCCUAGCACAAUGAAUUUCUAUGUGCUGGACUCAAUGAAGCCAAAUUUAGAGGGUAAGAAGAAGAGCAAGAAGAAGGGUGUAAUUAUUGAUGACAUGACGACCGUCGUCACUGAAUGUAGGAAUAGAUUUUAUGACAUUAUUGAGAUAGUUAAGCCUAAUGCCACUGGGAAGAAGAAAAUGAGUGAUAUCAUUUGGGCUCCUGUUCCGCAACAAAACAAUCUGCGAGACUGCGGUGUUCAUGUAUUAAUAUGGUUGAGUAAAUGGAAGCCCGGUGAGAUACUUCACUAUACGGAUGAACAAGUGGCUGAAUUCCGACGAAACCUCAUGUGGUGGCUAGUGAAUCAUGAGCUUAAUUCAAGACGUGAUGAAGCAUUAAGCUUGCUUUCAUCAACCCAAGCCACCACACUGACCAAAAGACGCCAUCUGUGAUAGGAGGAGACAUUAUGUAGAUUAGGCAUAUAGUAUUUGUAAAAGGAGUGUUAGUUUGAAGUCUUAAUAUUUGAAGUCUUAUGUAGUUUGAAGUCUAAGUGGCUGCCAGUUGUUGGCCUAAUUGCAAUCCUUUUUGGGAUAAUUUGAGUAAAAGAGUUAUGAAAUUUACAACAUGCCAUGUGACUUCCGUGAUGAUAAUCACAAGUUGAUUAUUUGUGCCCCAAAUUA